UUCGUGAACCAGAUUAACCUCCACCCCUGCAAGAUGUCCUGCUACGACCUGUGCCCCUCCUCUGCCUGUGGCGUCAUCCAGCCCCAGCCCCUGGCUGGCAGUGGGAAUGAGCCGUGCGUCCGCCAGUGCCCCGACUCCACCACCGUGAUCCAGCCUCCCGCCGUGGUGGUCACCUUCCCCGGCCCCAUCCUGAGCUCCUUCCCGCAGGAUUCCGUGGUGGGAUCUGCUGGAGCUCCCGUCCUCCCAGCCUCUGGGGCCUCCCUGGGCUAUGGGGGCUAUGGGUCCCUGGGCUAUGGGGGUCUCUAUGGAUAUGGGGGUUACGGAUCCCUGGGCUACGGGGGUCUGUAUGGAUAUGGGGGCUCCUCCCUGGGCUAUGGGGCUCUGGGUUCCUGUGGGGGGUACCGGGGCCUUUAUGGUUUUGGGAGAUCCUUUGGCUCCUGCAGCCCUUGGUCCUCCCGCUAUGGCCGCUACCGCCGCGGCAGCUGCGGGUCCUGCUAAAUCCGAGGGAAAAAUCCCAAGUGAUGUCUCACCAACAGAUGAAAUGUGAUGGUUUCACAGCCAAAGAGCUUGGAACCACUGCUGCUCCAUUCCAAA